GCUGAGACCUUGAGGCGCCGGUUGCGUGCCUAUCGUGGGCCCAUGUGGCGAGCGGACGACCUCUUGGACGCGGUUGAGGCGCUUCUGGAGGUCGUGACCCAGGCCGGGGAGAAUGAGGUGGAGUUCGUGGAGAGUGGCACCACAGAGCUGAGCCAGGCUGAAGCAGUGGACAGGCUACUACGAAUGGAGGCAGAGGAGCGGGAGGCUGAUGACAGGGACGAGCGUGCAAUGCUGGAGAUGCAGCUCCACCAUGAGGCGGAACUGGACAGGGCGUUGGAGCAAGACCGCCGAGCCUGGGACCAACAUGCAAGCAGGCAAGCGCAGGAGUGGGAUGACUGGGCCAUGUUUGAUGAAAUGUCCAAGGGCAGGCCUCAGGCCCGGGUGAGACCGCAGCUAUACAUGACUGUGGCAACCAGUCACCUCCAGAACCAGGCGGGCACGAGCCGGACCUGGCGGUUUCCGCUGGCCAAACCCGGUCAAGAGCCAGUUCGUGUGUCCUUUACUGUGGAAGAGGUCAUGGAGCCGGACCCAGAGGACGUGGAGACUGUGUUGGUGGCCUCGCCCAGUUCCAAGCCUACAGCCGCGGACCUGCCGUUACCUGUUGGUGGUGAAGAGUUGGGUGCGGGGCUGCUGUCUGUGGCAGAGCGAGGUGAUGAACAUGGAACGGCCUUGUCUCAGGCUGCUGGUGGGCCGGGCAGCCUCAGUGCUGUUGGAGAAGUUGCCACGGGUGCGGGCGAGAAUGUCGACACUGUCAUGGACACACAGAUGGCCAACUUGGCAGCGAAUGUCUUGGUUGACCCCGGCACCGGUGAGUUGGUCGUCCAGCAGACACUGGGUCAGGAGUCGGAUGGUGUGAUUCGGCAAGGGGUCAAACGUGGUCGGCACAGUGAGCAAGAGGGAUCGGUGGACGUGGGACCGUGA